AUUCGCCAACAGCAAUGUGUCGCGAACGGUUGUUUUAAGAGUCGCUACUGGUGUCGAAUACGGGGCUUGUGUGGAUACAAAACACUGCCGCGCUGUGUAGAACCUGUUGAACGAUUGAAGGGUUUAACGACUACUAUCGCUCUAUUCACGAAAGUAGAUGAUCGCGUCACUCUUCAGUGCCAGGAGAGGAAACAGUUGUUUUGAAAGUUAGGAAGAUUUGUCGUCACUUGUGCUUUAAAGGAAAAACCCGGGUGUGCUUCUAAUGGUCGUGCUUUAUCGUUAUCAUCACUUAUCAGAAUCUUACAUAUCCUGUGUGGUAGUGUGGUGCCGGUACUCGUUAGAGUUAAAAGCGGAUCCCAUAGAGGAAACAUGUGACAAGUGUUACUCGGUUAGGCUGUACUGAUGUGAAAUUGAUUGUUUGUCUAGUUAAUUGAAGCAGACCAAAUAGUCAGUCGGUGUGAGCAGUUGAUGCUUCACGCUUUUGAAUGUGCUGAAUGUUGAUUAGUGUCGAGAGCUGGUUCAGUGUGUGCUAUGAAUAAUUGAUAUUCAGCUUCAUCAUCUAUUUUUUUUUUGUGGUAGUUUUGUGUUUCACCAACAUUUAUGCAAAAUAAACGAGUCGAAGAUCUUCACUGCGGACAUUAGCGAAUUUCUGCAUUUGAAUGCUUGGCAGUGUGCUUGAAGUGACUUAAUCAUCUGUCUUAGGACGUCGUCGUCGCUUGAAAAUGAUUUACGCCUUGAGUUGCGCUUCUACGUCCCGUUGGUGUUGGUGCUUAUCUGUAGCGAAAAAUUAAAGCUGACGGUUUGUAACUCGAAACAAGCCAGCCAUUGGCGAAGAGUGAAAAGGAAAAUAUCACACAUCAAGUGAUAAAAAGGCAGAAUUCCUUAUCGGUGGAAAAUACAAAUAAAUUUCAUUUUGCCCUCGUUGCUUCCAGUCAGCCGAUUCGCCGUCCAAGGCGGUUGUUUGUGUUCACAGUCGUAUAUCGAUAUAUAGGCUUCAGAGAGCUAAAUUUGGAUUUCACAAGUGUAAAAGAAGAACACACCUCAAUUGAUUUCGAUUACGCAGUGAAACUGGUCGACAAUUAAUAUACCAAACCAGACCGAGUGUGGAAUUCAUCUUUCUAUAGUCGUCGAAGCAGAAAAGGAAACAAUCCCAAAAACACCAAUAAAUUAUCGAAAAAUUUCAGUUACAUAAAGCAAACGAACCGUGAGAGCAAAGUUAUCCCGCGUUUGGCGCAUUUUUGGAACCAUCUUUCAACCUGCGACACAACAAAAUAAAAACAGUAGAGCCCGCUUUCGAAGAAACUUGCGUGACAAUUAAAUGAGAAAAAAAAAAACUGGAUUACAUCAGAUUGAAACACCACUGCUGAACACCGGCUGUUCAUUCGAGGGUCUUCGAGGAGAAAAAUCAAAAGACUGAAAUCGAAAUGACGAUGGGUAAUAUGCGUCCACUGAAGAUAACCACAGUCGGUGAUGGAAUGGUCGGCAAAACGUGCAUGCUAAUUACCUACACACAAAACGAAUUCCCCAGCGAAUAUGUGCCAACGGUGUUCGAUAACCACGCCUGCAAUAUCACGGUGGACGAGAACGAGUAUGCCCUCACACUAUGGGACACGGCAGGACAGGAAGACUACGAAAGACUACGACCGCUAAGUUACCCAAAUACCGAUUGUUUUCUCAUAUGUUACUCCAUAUCUAGUAAAACAUCGUUCGAUAACGUGCUUUCAAAGUGGUACCCGGAGAUAAGGCACUUCGCACCGACUGUGCCGAUUGUCCUUGUGGGAACCAAAAGUGACCUCCGAGUACAUGGAUCCGAGAAGUUCGUUACUACACCAGAAGGCAAAAAGCUAAAGCACAAAAUCAAAGCUUACUCGCUGGUAGAAUGUUCCGCGAAGAAGAAACUCAACCUCGGUGAGGUGUUCGACGAAGCCGUGCGAGCGGUGGAGAAAAAGCCUCAUGCCAAACCACGUGUCUGCACGAUACUCUAGUUCCCGGUCGAUUUCCUAGUUUAUAGUUUUGUUAAAUCCUACAAUUUUAUUAAAUAUAUAUUAUAUCGAUAAGGCCACGGCCAGUGAUGGUAGGUAGAUGCUCUACUUUCAACUUAACCAAUUGUUUCAGAAAAAAAUAUCCUCAUAAAACGACGCCUCUGGCCUUAAUCUAAAUUACAAUCCAAUCUAGCAAACAAGUAUUCGUAGAUUUCCUACCGUUGAAGUAUUGUGUUUAUUGAAAAUUGAGAUAUUUGCUAAAAUUUACUGCUAAAUUUAUUAUCGAAAAUGUUGUGCUAUAUUCUGCAAAUUAUAUAAAUUUGUUACAUUUUCAAUAGGAUAUUUUAUUUGCAUCCCGAUCAUUGGGAGAACUCCCACAUUCAUCUACUAGUCAUACGAGUUUUUCAUGAAUCAUUGAAAAUGUAACUGAAGAAAUACAUGAAAUAUUUGUGUA